AUGUCCGUCUUUAACCUUGCGAAGCCAGACAGGCCAAUCGAAGUCGGCGUUAUACUAAUGAAUGGCGAGACAGAAAUUCUUGAUGUUGCGCCAGUAGAUAUGCUUCAUAGUUUCAGUAAGAAAUAUAUUGAAACCGUGCCAGAUGUGUGGGUUUCAAAGGAAGUCAAGGCUCAGGCACUUGAUUUCAAUUUUCAUUGGGUAUCUGAGGUAGGCAGCGCAAAGCAAAGCCGCCUGACUAGUGCCAUAUCUCUGGUUCCAACACAUUCCUUCGAGACUUGUCCGCCAUUGGAUAUAGUUCUCAUUGGUGCGCAUAAUGUUGGUUACGUUCCAAAUGAUGCCGAGUUGGCCUUUGUACGAAAGGCUUGGAAUGACUGCUCUGCCUUUCUCACAAUCUGUGCUGGAGUUGAGGUUGCAGCCCAAGCCGGUAUAUUGGGGGGGAAAACAGCAACUGCCCCGCGUUUCAUGAUAGAUCUACUACGCCAACGGGCGCAAAGCAUUAAUUGGGUUGAGAAACGAUGGGCUAGGGAUGGCAAACUGUGGACAAGCGGGGCCUUCUUAAACGGCACUGAUAUGGUAUAUGCUUUUGCACACACGGUUUGGGGUGGAGAGGGAACUCCUGUCUCGAGGAUGUCUACGAUCGGCGGCUGGCCAGUUCGGGAGGUUGAUUAUGAAAACGACGCUGAUGGUAUGUGA